AUGGGGAAUCUCCUUGGGGAGGGGGGAUUCUCUUAUAUUCCUUCUCUCAUCUAUAGAGACUUUUUAUUAUUUAAAAAAUAUAUUCAUCAGGUUUACUCCCGAAUGAAUUCAUUAUGUGAUGAAACAACCAAGGAAAAUGAUCCUGGCAUGCUUGUCCCGUUCUUCGAAACUCUCCUGCUUACUUUUGAAUGCAAGUCUGAAAUCAUGACAGAAUUAAGCAAAGAUUUUGAAAAAUGUAGAAAGUCUGUUGGGAAGGAAAGAAACAUAAUGGAAACGUUAAUGGAGAGGUUUUGGAAACCGCAAAAAUAUAUAAAAAGUAUUUUAUUAAGUUAUAGCAAGGAAAUUCCUGAUUACAUGAAAAGAAUGAUUGCUAUAACUGGAUUGGCAGGACAAAGAAUGUAUAAUGAGGAUAUUGCUAAACGUAUCAAGAGUUAUAUUGAGGGUCAAAAUUAUGAAGGUAAUAAAGAACCUGAUAGAAAUAGAAGCGACUGA